AUGCCUCAGAAAAAGGAGGAGAAUCUGCAACAGAAAGAGGGGACUCUGCAUCAGAAAGAGAUCAGAAGGAGGAAAUUCUGCACCAGAAAGAGGUCAGAAGGACAAGAAUAUUCACCAGAAAGACGUCAGGAGGAGGAGAAUCUGCACCAGAAAGAGGUGAAUCUGCACCAGAAAGAGUUUAGAAGGAGAAAAUCUAUCACAGAAAGAGGUCAGAAGGAGGAGAAACUGCCCCAGAAAGAGAUCAGAAAUAAGGAGAUGAUCUGCACCCGAAAGAAGUCAGAAGUAGGAGAAUCUGCAACAGAAAGAGGUCAGAAGGAGGAGAUUCUGCACCAGAAAGAUGUCAGAAGGAGGAGAAUCUGCACCAACCGCCCAGUGUUUACCAGGCAGAAGUUCACUCCAGGCAAGGUGUAUCUCUGUGCCUCUGCAGCCUGCGGGGGAAGACUCGUCCUGGACUUGAUCUGCCAUAGAUCUGCCAUAUGCCACAUGCCCCCACCAUGA